AUACCAUAUAUGAGAAUGACGCUCUCCUCCACUGCCCCUACUCACUACUCUCUCCCUUUCUCUUCCCUCACUCUUCUCUCUCCUCCUCAUCAUCUUCCAAAAACUCUCUCCAAUUCUCUUCAAUCCGCACAAACUCAUACAUUUCACAUCACAAAAAUGGAAUCAAUUCACAGAUUCAGACUCUAUUUUCUCUCUCUUCUCAUCGUCUCAACAUCAACAAAUCUCUCACAAGCAUUCGCAAAUUCAUGGGUUGGUUCAAAGUACCAAAUCGAAUGCACAAUGUGCUCCGCCUGCGACAACCCAUGCAACACUCCACUCCUCCCCCCUCCGCCGCCGCCAUCCCCUCCUCCCCCGCGGUCUCCAUCUCCUCCGCCGCCGCCGCACUCAUCUCCCUCCUCCAUUUGUCCCCCGCCGCCGUCCCCUCCCAGCUCCGGCACCUUCUACUACUCUCCGCCGCCUCCCUCUCAGCCCACCACCUAUUCCUACCCUCCACCGCAGCCAUCUAGCGGUGGCGGUGGUAUGGGCGGCUUGUACCCACCUCCGCCGUACCGGAACUUCCCGACGCCGCCACCGCCGAACCCAAUUGUGCCUUACUUUCCGUUUUACUAUCAUAGCCCUCCACCACCUGGGUCUAGCUCUGUACAAUUAACCACUUGCUCUGUUUUCUACACCAUUGCUCUGUUUUUUAGCUUGCUCUGUUUGUUUUGAAGGAAAAUAUAAUUUGAAGGAAAAGAAAAAUUAGAUCAGAAUAAUGGCAGAUUUUGCAGAUCUAUGAGAUCACAGGAGAGAUAGAGAGAAAGAGAAUAAUCACUGAGCAAAAGUUGAAGAGAAACAGAGAAGAUCAAGCAUCAACUGAAGAAGAGCAAGGAAAAGGAGCUUUCAUUGUUUGCUCAAAGCAAGAAAAAGUAAUCUCUCUCCUCUCAGAUCUGCGGACUAAUCUGUAAUUUGUUAACAUUUUAUGUGUGUUUUUUUUUUUAAGUUGGUAUUUUUUUUGUAAUGAAAUUGUAAUUGAAUUAGUUUGGCAUGUUUGAAAAAAGUCAAAAAGUUAAAAAGUUACUAUCA